UAAUACAGUUUGUGUAUUACAUAGUAAGAUCAAUAAACUUGCAGGUGCAAAAGUAUUUACCUAUACCUCAAGGCAAUUUAUUGUUAUGUCUGAUCAUGUGACUAAACAGUCGUGACCCAAUAUUAAAGGUGAAAAUCGUUCAAGUAUGCGAACAGUUUCUUAAUAUGGGAAGUAAACUAUGAAAAAACAAUGGUGGACCUAUUUAACUUUUGUAUUUGUUUGAGAUAUUGAAAUCAUAUAGAAAGUUUUUAACAAAAUGGGAGAUGAUUUAAAUAUUCCUUCACCUCAUAGAAAUCGUUUAAUGAGAUUGUCAAGAUCCGUAAGCCAUGAUAUGAACAACAGGUACCUAGUUCAGCAGACUUAUGCCGCAACACACCAUCCUAAUACCAGGAUGGAAGACAUCCCGGACCAUUUCCUGUCUAUGAAUCAUGCCGAGAGGAUGAUGAAGAAAAUUGAGGGGUAUGCUGGGAAGAGGCAACUGUGUGAUGUUGUUAUCAUUGCUGGAAAUAAAAGAAUCCCUGCUCAUCGUUUAGUACUGAGUGCUGCUUCCGAUUAUUUUGCGGCUAUGUUCACAAACGAUGUAAGGGAAGCGAAGAUGGAGGAGAUUGUCAUGAAAGAUGUAGAUCCAGAAUCUCUGGCAGCUAUUGUUAACUAUUCUUAUACAGGAAAGAUUGGUUUGCAGGAAGACACAGUGGAAAGUUUAUUGUCCACAGCCUGUCUGCUUCAGCUGUCAGAGGUAGUGGAAGCCUGCUGUAGCUUUCUGAUGAAACAACUUCACCCAUCUAACUGUAUUGGUAUCAGACAGUUUGCAGAAAUUCAGGGAUGUACAGACUUGUACAAAGUAGCCAACAAUUAUGUCAUGGAAAACUUUGUACAAGUAAUACAGAAUCAGGAAUAUUUGUUGUUACCCUCUGACGAAGUUUGUCGUCUUCUUGCCAGUGAUGACUUGAAUGUCCCUGAUGAGGAGACAAUAUUCCAUGCUUUGAUGAUGUGGACCAAACAUGACAAUACAAACAGGAAGAAAUACCUAGCUAAACUACUGUCACAUAUAAAACUACCUCUAAUGUCUCCACAGUUCAUUGCCGAUCAUGUGGAAAGUAACUCUGUUCUCCAUGAGGAUAAAGAAUGUCAAGCUUUGAUCAUGGAAGCAUUGAAAUACCAUCUAUUACCUGAACGUCGCUCAUCAUUCCAAAGUCCCAGAACUAAACCUAGAAAAUCUACUGUUGGCAUUAUGUAUGCUGUAGGUGGAAUAGAUUGUACAAAAGGUGCAACUACAAUUGAAAAAUAUGAUCUCAGAACCAAUGCAUGGACUCAGGUAGCCAACAUGAAUGGCAGAAGACUACAGUUUGGUGUGGCUGUGAUAGAUGAUAAAUUGUACAUAGUUGGAGGGAGAGAUGGUCUCAAAACACUAAAUACAGUCGAAUGUUAUAAUCCUAAAAAUAAAUCCUGGUCACUGAUGCCACCAAUGUCAACUCACAGACACGGACUAGGUGUAGGUGUACUAGAGGGACCAAUGUAUGCUGUAGGAGGUCAUGAUGGAUGGUCCUACCUGAACACAGUAGAGAGAUGGGAUCCCCAGGCCAGACAAUGGAGCUAUGUAGCACCUAUGUCUACAUCCAGAAGUACUGUAGGAGUAGCUGUACUGUUUGGAAAAUUAUAUGCAGUAGGUGGUAGAGAUGGCAGCUCUUGUCUAAAGACAGUUGAAUGUUUUGAUCCUCACACUAACAAAUGGUUACCCUGUACAUCUAUGUCUAAGAGACGAGGUGGUGUGGGUGUGGCCACAUGUGGUGGCUAUCUGUAUGCUGUAGGUGGACAUGAAGCGCCUGCCACCAACCCAACAUGUAGUAGAUUUGAAUGUGCAGAAAGAUAUGAUCCCACAUGUGACCAGUGGACAAUGAUAUCCCCGAUAAGUUCUCCACGAGAUGCAGUAGGACUUUGUGUGCUAGGAGAUAAGAUAUUUGCUGUGGGAGGUUACGAUGGACAACAAUAUUUACAGGAUGUUGAAUGUUAUGACCCUGUCAAUAACGAAUGGGAUAAGAUGGCCCCACUAUGUACGGGACGAGCAGGUGCUUGUGUUGUCCAUGUCCCUCACAGAUGACUAGAGCGGAAAUGGUCAUUAUCUUCACUCAAGAAGUGGCCAUCAGGAUUUUUUAGAGGACGAAAACACAAAUCUCAUAACAGAUUAAAAGAGACAGAUGCUAUAUGAAGUAACUUUGUCUUGGUAUAAAACUGUCACCAUGGUCAGUCUGAAGGUUACACAUCCAAACAGACCAAGAAAACAUUGUUUGUAAACAUGGAUGAAGACAGAUCUGGCAAAUUUACCUCCUGUUGUUUAUUUACCAAUUAUUUUGCCAAUUACGACUUACAUAUAGAAGGGCAUUCUAUUUAUAGUCAUUAUAAAUUACCAACACAUAUCCUCUUAAACUUACUACCUUUUAGUUUGGUAUAACUGUUAAGAAAAAAGUUGUAGCAAGUUGUAACUAGUAAUUGAUUUACAGGCUAAUGUACUUUCUAUGUUAAUCAAGUAAAAAAUACCAAUCCUGAUAAACAUUUCUAGAGUUAUCUCCUUUAGGAAAAAGGUAGAAACCUGAGUUUUUUACCUAGUGCUAUUUAAUAUUGAAUGCUGUGUCAAACAUUUGACAAUAUUUUGUUUUAUACAAAGCUUAUUUAAUCCUGUUUAAAUUUUACAGAAAAAAAUCAUGAUUAUUUCAGUAUAACUUACAAUUCUAGUAGUAAAAUGUUUAACAUAAAGAGUUACACUCAAUUAUUACCGUUAAAGGGUUUAAAACAGUUGUCAUUUUUACAACAAAAAAUCAUGAAUAAAUCAGUAUUACUUACAAUCCUAGUAGUAAAUUUUUCAUGUAAAGGGUUACAAUUAAUUACUACCUUUAAAGGGCAUGUUCCUUACAGUAUUAUAUUACUAAUGACAUAGCUAUAAUUAUGGUAUCAAUGCAAACAUUAUUGUGCAAUCUUUUUUUUUAUUAUAUAAGUGCUAUAUUUUGUUAAGUGUGUGUGAUAGAAAGUAGUUGUUUUAAAGGUAAUAAUGAAAUAUAAUCAAAUAAGUUUUGGUGUUUUCACAGUGCCUUUUGAAAUAAUGGUGCCUUUCAUAGAAAUUUAUACAUUAGACAAGAGUUUAACUAACUCACAAUAUUGUCGGGACCAAAGUCUGAUUUAUUGUUAUAAAAGUUUUUUCAUGGUAGAAACUUGACUUUUUGUUUGUUUUGUUGUUGAUAUUCAUGUUUUCGUUAUGUGUAUUAUGGAUUAAUAACAAGUUUCAUCGUCUUAGUUCAAAUGUGGUUGUACAUAGUCCAAGUCGGACAUUUAAAGUUCCUCCAGUGAAUAUUUACUUGUAAUAUUGAAGUUACAGAAGAUUAAGCUUACAUUUUGACACUGACUGAUCGCAACUUAUUUGAAUUUUAUUCGAAAUUUACCACUUUAAAAAUCGAGUCCUUGCUACCAAAAUUAUUUUCAUCUCAAUACUUAAAAUUUAAUAAGAAUAAAGAGAAUUUUGUUUCAAAAUUUUUAAAAGUAAUAAAUGAAUAUGUUUAUAUUGGUGCUAUUUGAUAUUUAUCUUCCAUUCGCUCAAAUUCUAUUUAUCAUAUCAUUCAACAUCGAAGGUUUAAAAAUAUCCAGUUACCAAAACUGUGUGUAUGUAGAUAAAUUAGCGUUAGAUUUCUUUAUAUGAAGCAGUUUAAUGAUCAUAUAAAAAUUAUUUCCACAAAUUGAAAGUAGUUAUAAUUUGUAUUUUGGUAUUUUUUGUAGGAUAUUUUUAUUUGGUAUACUUAGGAUCCUGUUUUUGCCUAAUUGUUUCUCCACAAAAUAAUAUAAAUUUGCAAUACCAGCUUAUGAAUUAUAUGAUAAUAACUUUUCUAGUAAAAAAAAAUAUAUAUUAGUUUAAAGUAAUUUUAGAGAAAUUUUCAAAAAUCAUAAAAAAUGCUAAUAUGGUCAAUACCAACAAAAUUAAGGUUCAUCGCAUUCUUGUUUCACAAACAUGAUUUAGUCAAUAAUUCUAUUGUUUAGUAUAAAGAUUUGACAAUAGUAUUAUGAUUAGGAAAGUUUGGGAUCACCUUGACCAAUAAAAAAUGUAAAAUCCUUUAUUUGCAUCAAAUUUUUAACAAUUUACAAACAAUUGUAAAUUUGAAUCAAUCACAAAGUGAAACAACAAUUCAAAGUUAACAUAUUCAUAAAUGUAUGAACCUUUUACAUUUAUCAAAUUCAUUAAAAUAUUCAACUGAAAUAUUUAAAAAAUGAAAAAUCUCAAAAUAAUUAGGCCACAUAUAUAGGCAUUUUAUCCUUGGCAUUUCAAUCAACAUUGAUUUAUUUUCGUAUGAUUUUAAUUUCAUUUUGGAAUGAAUAGAAUGUAGGUACAUUUGUAGUUAGAGUGUUAAGCUAAUUCAAAAUAUCACUUCCAUUGUCAAAUCGUCUUCCUCUACAAUUAUAAGUAUGUAAAAAAUGUAAAUAAGGAAUAAAUUAUUUUUAUAUCAUAAUCAAUAAAUAUCAUACUUAAGAUAAAUAUUUUCAAAUGCAUGGUUAGGAUAGAUUUCAUAUGAUAGUUAGGAUAAAUGUUUGCUUAUAUAAAAGUGAAAUAAAAGUGCUAAAAGUGCUACAUGUCAGAUUGUCUCAUGUGUUCAACUCAAGUCUCUCUCUUUCUGUUCAGAUAUUACAGGGGGAAGUAACCACACAUUUUCAUUCUAGCUGAAAAUUUUCAUAAAGUAUCAGUUUUCCUAUUGUUUAAUUGGCUGUCCAUUCUUUUGUAAAAAAAAAUGUUCAAAUUUGGAAUCGAUUGUUAUGAUGAUUUUAUUUAAAUGUUUAAAACCAUUGUUGAUUUGUUGAUAGGACAUUUACUAUAAUAUAAUGUUUGAAAAUCUUCCAACAACUCUUGAAAAUACACAAAAAAAAGUAAAUUAAGCUAAUAUUGACAGUGAUGCUCAUUUUAUGCUAUUCAAGUUUGAUCAUAUAGUUAUUUCCUUUAUGGUGUUUUUAUUUAAAUAGACAAUUCUUUAAAACUUUCUUGUAUUUUAUACAGUAAAUUACCAUUUUAUCAAAUAGAUUCUUUAAUGAUCAACAGCAAACAUUUUUACCAAUUUGAUUAACUGUAAAUUCAUUAUUCUUUGGAUGCCAAUUUAUGUUGAUGUCCUUGAUGAAAAUAAACCAAGAAUUUAAAUGUUUUAUGGUGUACAAGUUUUCUGUAUGUUUAUAUGUAAACUUUGGCAAAAACCUGGAAUCAAAUAUCCAUGGAAAAUACAAGUUUUCCUCAAUCAUGGAAAUAAUUGAGUCUACAAAAGCUGCUUGCAUCAAGUUGCCUAACUCCUAUUGUGUUACCAAAUUAUUGUUCAAUCAAUCCCUCCAUAAAUGUAUGUACAUAUUAUCUCAUUCCUGUUUUGUACUUUAUAAUAAAAAGUCAAAUAAAUUUUUUAAACUUA